AUGGAUGACAAGACCACCACCACCACCAACAAUGGCACAUCAAUAUCAGCUGCAGCUGCAGCCAUCGUUGCAGCUACCCUCGCAGCUACCUGCAGCAACAACAACAACAACAACGGCUCUCUAUCACUCAGUAACAUAGCAACAUCAUCAUCGUCAUCAUCCAAUAGCAAUCCUCAACUAUGCGUAAAUGAUCUUUUGCAUCCGACAGCCAAAGCUGAAAGUUUGUUGGAAGCAUUGACCACUGAGCAAUUGAAUGUGAUUGAACAAACACUCAACAAGAUCCGAGAGAAGAAACAUCUCAGUGAAGACAUUCACACCACUGCUGCUAUCAAUACUCCUGCCACUACACCACCAACCAGCACUACUACUACUACUACCACUACCACCACCUCAUCGCCACCAUCACCACCAGCAACAGCAGCCAUGCCGCCAUCAGACGUGCCAUUGCCACCAUCGCCACCUGCUGCCCCCCAGGACGAAUGGGCACGCGCUGCCAAUCAAGUUGCCAAAGCCCUUGCAGACGCGAUAUCUGCUGUGGAUAACAAUACGAAUGAUGGUAGUAGUAAUAACAAGGAGGAUGGAUCCGGUGGUAGUCAACAACAACAACAACAUCAUCAUCAUGAACCAGUGACUGAAAUACGCGAUGGUGUCGAGUGGGUCAGCUUUGUGUAUUCGCAUCAUCGAAUCCUACGACGUUAUUGCAUUCGCACUGAUCUGGACAAGGUUGACAUUCAACAGCUUGACGACAAGUUCAAACGCGAUAACUGCGUGUAUCCACGUGCCAACCUGCCUCGUGAAACAUACCGUGGAAAUCGAUGGGCGUACGAAACCGAGUGCAACAUGCUAGGCUGGAAGCUUGCUUACUUGAACGCCAAUGAGAUUGCUGGUAAGCGAGGUUUGAUCCAACGUGCCGUUGACUCGUACCGUAAUCGUUAUCCAAGCAUGCGAUCACGUCGAGUAGCUCGUCAAGAAAAGCUUUUGAAUGGUACUUUGAGGAAACGAAAGCAUCGUGAUUGCAGUCCCGAAGAGUCGAUUGGCGGAGGAAGCGCCACCAACAACGCCCAUUUGCAGGAUGACAAUCUUCUUUUGAAGCAAUCAUUGGCACCCAUAUCACCCUCUCAACAUGAAGCAGUGGCUGCUGCUGCUGCUGCUGCAGUCUUGGCAGCUCAACAACAACAACAACAACAACAACAAAGGAAUAUGCCAAAGACGAUUUCAAUUGAUGAUGGGCCACAAGGUAGCAAGUGCCGUAUUCGAAUCAACAUUGAGACAGUGCCACUAGAAGUGAUUGAUAUGGCCUUUCGCAAGAACAAUUGUGUGUUUCCUCGUGCUAUCAAUAUCACCGGCAACGCCCAAUCAGUCACCCAACGCCAACUGGAUGAAGCAAAGUGUAAUGAGCUGGGCUGGAAAUUGGCAUGGCUAAAUCCACGACAACUUGCCAAUCGAAAGAGUUUGCUGCAACGCGUGUUGGAUAUUUACCGUAUCAAGUUUGCACCCCAUCUCAGACCACGUAAAUACGCCUCACGUAUGCCACCCGCUCCUUUUGCUCCACCUCCACGUUCACAUGAUUGCAGCAACUCCGAGUCAUCACAACAACAACAACAGCAACCUCUCAAAUUGACUGCUGAGACACUUGCUGCUCAACAACAGCAACUAGCAGCACAAGAUGCUACCUGCAGUGAUGGUGGUGUCACAUCAUCAAUACCAUCCUCAUCGUCAUGUUCAAAACGUCGUCGAUUAUCUGAAUCAUCACCACAGCAACCAAAACAAGAUGAUCAAGAAUCCAUUUAUAGUGGCACCACGGCGUCACUUGAUUUUCGUGAUUGUUUCUCACCACCUGCGGAAGCUGCCGAUUCUCCUUUCUUUGCUGGUGAAGAUGAUGUUAUUACCACCCUUCCCGAUAUGGAACAACAACCUGCUGCUGCUGCUGCACCACCACCACCACCAUCCUCUUCCUCAACCUUGUUGUUACCAUCCUCUACUGCUGAAAUGCAAGAUUUCACACUCAACGAUCUAAUGUUGCCAGCAUCACGUGGUGAUUUAAUGUUAUGUCAAGGCCAAAGUGAUAACGAUGCCAUGUCAGUGGCAAUGGCUGCUGCUGCCGCUGCUGCUGCUGCUUCGGCUGCUGCCUCUUCUACAACUACUACUACAACUUCAACUUCCCACUUGAAAACGCCAUGUGCAACCGUGGAUAUUGGACAAGAUGAUAUGAGCUGCCAAUUAAGUGUCGAGAGCUGCAGUACAGGUAGCAGCAGUAGCAAUCCAUCAAACCAAAGCUCGCCACGCCAUGGUCCUACUACAACAGAAUGGACCCUUGCUUAUCCACCUUCCGUUGACGGCAAUGAUCUUUCUCUCUUUGGUCAACCUGACGACGUAUUGAAGAAAUACCUUGAGCAAGUUGGCAGCGAUACUAUUCUUUCAUCGUUCAUGGAUCCUCAAAGCUAUACAACAGAGGCCACCGUCAAAUUGGAGCAUGAGGAUGAUGACAUGGGCUUUGCUCCUUUGACAACGGAUUGUCUAUUAGAUCAGCUCUUUUGA